AUGGGACUGAUAAAAAGAGCUCUUAAUUGGUCACAAGAUGGUUACUACGAUUACCUUUCUGUGAAUCCCACGAGAGAAGAGGUAGCCCACUACAGGGUGGACCCUGAAAGCGACAGUGAUCAGUCGAUCUCAAAGCUAACUGUGGUCAAAGACUUCGAUAACAUUACGUGUCUGGACUUCUCGGAGACAGAAAUGGGUCUCGUAGGUGUAGGAGAGAAAAAUGGGAUGGUUCGAGUCAUGAACAUGAUAUAUGGCUUCUCAGGAGAAGAUAACUCGCAACUUCGUGUGAGGGCUAAGCAGCAGAGAGCGGUUAACGCUUUAGGGAUAAGCCCUAAUGGUAUGGUCGCUAUUGGACUUGACAGGAAUAGGCACGAUCCCUCUUUACAGGUAUGGGAUGUGAAUUACCAAAGCACCAAUUCUAACAUCGUCAAUCCGUCCUUCUCCUACUGCAUGAACGAGUCUGUCAUAUCCUUGAAAUUUUUGAACGAUACCACGCUAAUUACAGCAACCACUAAGCUGCUGAAGGAAGUUGAUCUGAGGGCUCCUAAUCCCAGCUACCAACAUCCUACACGGCUAUGUAACGACAUCAAGGUAAAUCCUUUCAAUCAUUGGCAGUUCACUACAUACAGCGAUGAUGGAACCUUAGCAAUCUGGGACAGAAGAAGACUCGGCCAUAGCUCAACUUCAAGUGACUCUCUCGAAGCGCAAUCCUUGUUAUGCUUCGACAAGCUAAUGGGUACAGGUGCAGCCUCAAGGAGGUACGCGAAUUCAUGUUUCCGCUGGUCAGCGGUACGCAGCAACGAGUUUACAACAUUGCAUGGAGGCCAAGUUAUAAGGAGGUGGCGCUUGGGGAGCUUUCCAAUCUCUAUAGCCGACGAAAAGCAAAGUGAAGACUCUGAAUUUCCUUUCGAGCUUGAUUCUCUCUUUAUCUCAACAGUUCAUGACAUCAAAACAACAUUUGAUAGAGUUACUACUUUUGACUAUAUUCCAAGAAGCAAUGGCCGAACGAACUUUAUAUGUAUGAGGCAGUCUGGUACAAUUUAUCGCAUGUCGCUCAAGGGCGGAAUGUCAAGAGCGGUGUUUAAUAGCGACAACAACAUGCUCAUGACAAACAACGAUCUCUCUGAAGCAACUGAGCUACGUUUUGCUGACACAAACGACAAAAUUAAUACUGACAAGACAUCAACCUCAUUAAAAAAUUUGUCAUUCGAGGACCUUGAUAUAAGUGAUGAAGACUAUCAGCCCGAAGAGGAAACUUCAAAUGGGUUCAGCAGCGAUACUGAAAAUUCUGAAGCCAGUUCAAAAGCAAGUUUCGAGCAAGAUAUCGAAGGUCAUCCGUUAUCCGACCAAGGUUAUCAGGUAUUAUUGAAACCUGAGAAACUGCUUCGAAACGACAUUAGCAUGAUUAUGAAAAGACGCGCUUUGCUCAACUAUGGGUUGGAUCCAGUUAAAACAGUGGAGCUUAUUGAUAGCUCUAAAGCCCUUCAGAACAACGCAUACAUCAGGAACACAUGGAGAUGGCUUUCGAUAGCGAAGGCUUCUGUAGACGACGGAACAAUGGUUUCUGGGGAAUUGGAUCUUGGAUACGAAGGGAUCUUGGGAAUAUGGAAUGGUUUAGACGGCUUAUCAAAGCAGAACAGAUGCCGCGAAGGUGCGAUAUUAACAGAAAAGCAACUUAACAGAGAGCUUGAAAAGAUUAUAAAGAUGCGAGGAAAGAACAAGUCGCGUAUGGGGGAAUCUAAGGGCUUACUUACUUUCACAAAUUCAAAUAAAACAGUCCAGCGAAAGUUGUGCAUGGUAAUUUCAGGGUGGGACUUGAACCCUUCUGACUAUGAAGAGAAAUACCGUAAUCUUAUCAAAGCCAACCACUAUGAAAAGGCGGCAGGCUGGGCAGUUUUUUUCGGUGACGUAACGAAAGCUAUUGAGAUCUUGAGCAGUGCCAAGAAGGAGAGGCUGCGUUUGAUUGCAACAGCGAUUGCUGGUUACCUUGCUUAUAAAAACCAACCUGGGAACAAUGCCUGGAGGCAGCAGUGUCGAAGGAUGUCAUCCGAUUUGGACGAUCCAUACCUUAGAGUCAUAUUCGGGUUCAUUGCAGAUAACGAUUGGUGGGACAUUCUAUCAGAGUCGGCAAUUUCGCUUAGAGAAAGACUCGGCGUUGCCUUGCGCUUCUUGAAUGACAAAGAUUUGACAAGGUUCUUGGAGAGGACUGCUUGCACUGUAAUUGAAAAUGGAGAGCUUGAGGGUUUGAUUCUGACUGGAAUAACUCCAAGCGGGAUAAAGCUGUUACAGUCUUAUGUCAACAAAACUAGUGAUGUGCAAACCGCAGCCUUAUUGUCAAUUUAUGGUUGCCCACGGUACUUCAAAAGCUUACAAGUUGAUGAGUGGAUUGGAACAUACCGGGCUAUGCUAAAUUCAUGGGAGCUGUUUACGGCGAGGGCAAAGUUUGACGUUUUGAGGGGUAAAAUGUCACGCACUAGUCGCAAUCCAGCCCCGCAAGGAGCUAGACCACGACAGUUAUACAUCCAGUGCCUGAAAUGCAACAAGAACAUUAACAAUCCUGUCGAUCCAUCCGUUUCACGCGGCUCUACAAGUGGCGGGAUGAUGAAGAACUUUGUAGCAAACAAAAAGUUCGGUUUUAACAACGCAUCGCCCUCUGGUAAUUCGCACCAAAAGCAUUCUUGUCCACAUUGUGGCACACCUUUCCCUCGCUGCGCUAUAUGCCUUCUACCCUUGGGCACUUCCAAUCUGCCCAUUGUCAUCAAUGGAGGAACCAUUGAACCGAGCCCCGACAGAGGAAGUACUGAAAGCUUGGCAGAGUCGCGGAGACUAAGGUUGAAUGAAUGGUUCAGCUUCUGCUUGUCUUGCAACCACGGAAUGCAUGCGGGACACGCAGAGGAAUGGUUCGAGAAGCACUAUAUAUGCCCUGUUCCCGGCUGUGUUUGCCAUUGUAGCACUUAA